UAUUACACUGCACUUAUCUCGCAGCGUUUUGUACCGGAUAGUGUUUCGUAAUGCACACGUCUUCAAAGUUUACAGAGAUUUCUACUAGCAGGCCUCAUGAAUGAAAGUAGAAGGUACUCCUAUUUUCGUUGACGGACCCUAAAUUUUCCAGGUUCUUAUCUCGUAAUUGAUCCAAAAAUAAAUUCCGUGAAUCCCGACAUAAGACAGGUAGGACUCCCAGGUGUCGGGGAGUCGAACUUGAGAUACACGGAGUCGGAAACACCGGAAGAUCUACUUUCGGUUUCGGUGAGUCACAAGAAGAGGUACACAUAUCUUACACAGCUGAAGACACUGACAUCGAAAGGCGUGAUGUGGAGAAGAGAAACAUGGCUUCUUAUAUUUUUGUGUAUCCCUGUGAUAUCUGGAUUUAAUGUCGGAAUUAAAGGGGCCAAGAUUUUGAGCGGAACAGCUGGGUCCAUGCUUGGGUACUCGCUGGAUUUCGCCACGAAGGGCAACAAUGUGUGGUUGUUGAUUGGAUCCCCGAAGUCUGUGGAUGUAGACACAAGUGUGGCCACCGGGAGUCUGUAUUACUGCGGGAGUGGAAUUAACACGCUGUCUGACUGUCGCCAAAUCUCUGUCACACGACUUGUCACAGUGAAUCCAGGCACAAAUUUCAUGGAGAAUCGUGCGGAGAUGUGGCUGGGUGCCUCAGUUGAUGUGGGGAAUGCUGUAUCGUUCUGCGGACCCCGUUGGAUGAGAGACAGCACGGAUGGAAACGUCCGUGCAAUGAACGGUUUGUGUUACGAGGUGCCCUUUGGAUUUUUAGAGGGAGAUCCAUUUACAUCUCCUGUUGUAAUGAAUGGACUGUUCAAUUCUGACCCGACUCAGCAGUUUACGGCGGUUGAUGAGGCGAAGUUUAACCAGACCUUGAGAUAUGGAGUGUCUGCUUCAGGCUUGUCCAUUAAAUAUUCUGGUGAAGAUGUUCUUGUAGGUUCACCAGGUGUGAAUGAGUUCGCAGGUGGUUUUGUCCACGUGAAAGGCAUAGGCUAUACUGUUCAGGAUCAGAAUACGACAGCAGCCAAUCAAGCGCAGAUGUAUGGUUACGCUGUGAGCGUUGGUCAGUUUUACGGUGAUGGACAAUCCUAUUUUGUUGUUGGCGGCCCCAGGGAUGGUGGCUCGGGCAAAGUACUGAUCCUGAAUUCAGCUUACGCUGUCAAACAGACACUGGGAGGAAUCGAGCCGGGGAGUUACUUUGGGUCCGCCCUGUGUGUGGUCCCAGAAAAAGGUGGCACGAUGGAGAAACUCCUUGUUGGAGCCCCGAUGUACAGCAAUAUGCAGACAUACUCUGAUUACUACAGCAGCAACGCGGAACAGGGACGGGUGUACGUGUACGGGAAAAGUCAGACGAAUGGGAUGCUGGAGGUGAAGCAGACACUGGAAGGUUCCAAGUCGAGGGGUGCCAGGUUUGGUUACGCCAUGGCCAAUGUUAACGACAUGAAUCGGGAUGGCUACAAUGAUGUGGUGAUCGGGGCACCUUUCGAGAACGGUGGACAGGGAGCAGUUUAUGUAUACAUGGGGUACAAGAGGGGUUUUUUCCUGACACAGACGAUAUCUGCAGCCAGUGUUGCCCCCUCGGGAACCUCUUUAUCCACCUUUGGCAGCUCAUUUACUCAGCAUCCUGCGGACUUCAACAACGAUGCUCACACAGAUCUGGCUGUGGGCGCCUAUGGUUCAGACAAGGCCUUUGUGCUGUACACAAACCGACCAAUCACUAUGAAGGUUGACACUAAGACCAAUCUGACUGCCCAGGCCGGACAGCAAAAGGCCACCAUCAUUACGUUAAACACGAAAGCAUUCACACUGCAGGUGUGCUUCGAUUACGAUGGAGAAAAUAUUCCUUCUGAUGUCGUGGUGUCCUAUGAGGUGACGGCGGACACCGCCUUCCAGUCGAGCAGCAGUUCCAGCUUGUCUCGUGUCUGCUUCAAAAAGUCGGAAACGCAGUGUGUCAACAAAAUAUCGGGAAACUUCACCAUAUUCAAAGCUCCCCCAGAUCUUACGUGUCCAAAAUCUCCAUUACAAGUCGUGGUCAAGGAUGACUGGAGUGCCAUGAGGGGGUUAUUUGUGCCGGUCGUGUUCGAUGUGGGAUUCACUGUGUCAACAACUGGGAACACCGAGUGCACCAUAGGAUGUCCCGUCGUCAACAAGUUUGAUCCCAACAACGAUGACCCGUUUGCUGCAACACGUAAAUAUUCCUAUGAACUAGCCAGAAGUGGGUGUGGCACGGAUAAUAUAUGUCAAUCGGAUCUCAGACUUUUUGUUACGUCCUCGGGAAACGAAAUCAUCACAGGACCACAAGCAGAAUACACAUUGACCGUCAUGAUCAAAAAUCAGGCGGAGCCGUCGUACAAUACGGAUAUCUACUUCACCUUCCAGUCCAACAUGACACUGUCUGUGUACGAAAAUCUCAACCAGAAUUUCCUCGUCAGUUGUUCGCCGGAUGUGGGGUCCGUGAAGUGCUCUACUGAUAAGUCGCAGUUCAAGAAAGAUGAGGACAUCAAUUUCCGGAUCAAGCUGGACAGUAGUCGGCUGUUACCGUUGAUUGACUCGUUUUUAAUGAAAGUGGAGGUGAAAACCGGCAGUAACGAUCUCAGCCUGCAGGACAAUGUCUACACCGAGACUGUGCAAGUACUGACGCGAGUCGAAGCUGUCUACAAUCUUGCUGCCAGCCCCGAGGUUUAUAUAACUAAGCCCGCCGCAGAGAGCCCUACUAUUGGAGUGGUUCACAGUGUGCAGAUGGUGAAUGCAGGACCGAGUAACCUGAUGGACACCCUCAACUUUACUCUGACCUACCCACAGUCCAGUCAAGUCAAGCCACAGAAAAUUAUUUUAAACGUCUCGUCCGCUGAUGACAGUACUCUGAUACGAUGCCAGAAUCUCGCCCUGACACCAGAGGGCAUCACAAAUUCGACGUACAGAGCCUUCACGAUUCCUUUUGACCUGGCAGGAAAUUCCGUGUCAGCCACCAAAUUUGAUUGUAACACGGGCGGAACUUGUAAGAUGGUGGUAUGUGAAAUUGGCACGUUUAUGUACGACAGUUUUAUCUCGGUGGACGUUAGUUACGAAGUGGAACAGAAUCUUUAUGACAUCAUCAACGGCCAAACUGGGAAUGUUAUACCUGAUGUUCCCAUAGUAACUGUGUUUACACCAGGGGUGGCAAAGGCAACAGUGUCAUUGAUUCCUAAAGGAAAUGGGGUGGUGAUUACCAAAAUACUGCCCAGCAAGCCGGUGGAAGAGGAAGUACCAGUGUGGGCCAUUGUUGUACCUAUAGUCAUCGCUGUUAUCAUCCUCAUAGUCAUCGUCAUCGUCCUGUGGAAGAGAGGAUUUUUCAUAAGAAAAUAUAAAGUCCGGGUAGCAGAGAGGAAAGCAGGGAAGGACAAAUCGGACGACAAGGAGGACUUUGACAAUCUGGUCGAACCGCAGACACCAAUUGGACAAGUGGUGUAUGAAAACGAAGGAAGCCCAGUAAUGUCCUCAUUCACAGCGGAAAAAACGCCAGCAGAAACAACACCAGCGGAAACGACCGACUCCCCAGAAGAGAAGAAGCCGGAGGCAGACGAUUUGGAGGACCUGAAAUUAGAACUUACUAAAGGUGAACCAGAUUGGGGUGGGUUAGAUGAGCUAAUGGCAGAUUUAAAUCUUAAGGCAGGUCGUGAUGUAGAAUCCGGACCAGUGGUGGAACCCCCUAAUGUUAAACCGACUGGUGGGGACUAUGCUGAUGUGGAGGAGGAUGCUGAGCCAGUUGUAAAAGCGUCAGUUAAACCGACAGGCGGGGACUAUGAUGACAUAGAAGAUGAUGAAGAAACGGGUUUGCUUUCUAAAGAAGACGAACCUGCUAGUCCGAAACCAGAGGAACCUGCUGAAGGAGACAUUCCCGAUUAUGCUAAAAUUGAUAAAUCUAGGAAAAGCUCGCAGAAAGAGCCACUUUUAUCCGAAUCAACAAAAUCCGAGGGGGAUAGUAUCCCUGAUUAUGCUGUAGUAGAUAAAUCAAGGAAAACAGACAAUUCCUGAAAUAGAUUGAUAAAGAUAGGGCUGGAUUUUAAACCCUGUAAUUUUUUUAAUAUGCAUAUGGUUGUGUACAGAUUGUAAGGUAUAGAUACAGAGGGGUGUGUUGUGAGAGUUUUGAAGAUAAUGAAAAUGCCAGUGGCAGUUACAAGAUCAACUGUAUCAGUUGCCAUAGCAACAAAAGUUGCAGAAUAACCUCAUCUACAAAUGUGGGUCUAUAGAACUGUGUUGUGGAGUCUGUAUUAGCCAUUCCAGGAGAGCUUUCUGUUUUAUGUAAUUUCUACAUUAGAUGUUAGGUGGGAGAGGAAGACACCCAUUUAUUUCAGGGUCAAAAGGUCAUAUGUCAAGUACGUUGCUAAGGAACGCUGUGCAUUGUGAUGUCUUUGUCUGACUUGCACAUUUAGUAUGGAGUUUUUCAGAGCACAUUUAGUAUAGACUUUUUCAGAGCUUGCUAUCUUUACUAGGGUGCAUGGAGGGAAACGUGGUAACAGCAAACAUGCUAAUGAUGAGAAUUCACAGUGAACUGAUUUUCAUUCUGUGAAAGUUUUAAAACAUGUAUUAUGAAUCAAAAUUCUUCAUCCCCAGCACUUUGCUAUAAGCGUGUUUUAUUGUGAAUUGUUUUCUGAAUGUCAGCACAAUGUUCUGUUUACACAGGAUAAUUAAUCACUUCUACCAAAAUCACCAACGCUGUUGUCUUUGCCUCUGUAUCAUUGUCAUGGUGACCGUAUAUUCAAAAAAGUAUUUGACCUCUCAGUUUUAUAUUUUGACGAGACAUUUUUGGGGAGGGGGACAAUAUUUUUGCGAUGAAACAGUCAAUGAAAAAGGCAGAAAUCUAUCAGGCAGGAAUUGUUGACAUCGAAUUAAAAAGCCUAACCUCUGGUAUAAGAAUUCAUGUACAGUCGAACAUCAAUAUCUCGAACAUCAGUAUCUCGAAUUUCAUGGAUAUGUCAAAGUGAAUCGGAAGUCCCAGCUACAUUUUCUUUAUGUAAUUCAACCUCAAUAUCUCAAACCCUCAGAUAUCUCGAAAGUUUUUUCUCAGUACCAUUGAUUUUGAGAUAACUAAGUUUGACUGUAUUUAAAUACGAAAGCCCUUUAGUUUUGAACAUCAAAUAUUUCAAUCACAUGUAGUCAGACAACAGUGUGAUGUAUGUCAUAUCGUAAUCUGUAGUGGGGAAUAUAAUUAUGUGAACGGAGGCCCCUUUGUUUAAUGAAUUAUUUAUCUACCGUAUCGACGUUUUUUGUUGUUGUCUAACGAGCUUCUAUUAUAAGUGUUGUAUUUAAAAAAGCUUUAAUUUUGUUUAUAUACAGUGAAACCUGUCUAAUCCGACUGAGAGCCGUCAGAUCUCACAGUAAACUUGGUUACACUGUCCCCGCAUAUCAUGAAUUCACACAGUGAACUGAUUUUCAUCCCCUGUAGUUUUAAAACAUAUUAUGAACUUAUUAGUUAUAGCAAAUGAUGUUUAUAACAAAUCAGAUUUCUUCAUCCUUAGGACUUCGCUGUAAGCAUGUUUUACUGUAUAAAGAAAACAGGAAAAAGAUGAUUGAAAAUGCAAUUUCGGGUUGGGAAUUCAGACAACAAAACGCAUAAGAGAGGUGUCGGACUAGACAGGUGUCGGAUUAGACAGGUGUCGGAUUAGACAGGGUUCACUGUAACGUUUUAUUUAUUUGUUAUAUCUGAGAUUGUUUCAGUAAUACUUAUUACAUGGUUGUAUCACAGACACGGCAGCAGCACACGACGCGGAGGAAUCCGGACAGGAAUCCAGGUCAGAUGGACCUUUAUUCCUCACGUAGCUACUUUCUUUCUUGGCUUAUCGGUUGUGAUUGAUCAAUUAUUGCAUGAAUGAGUUUAAAUUAUGUGGCUUAAAUGUUAUACUAAAUCACGCCUAUAACAUUCUCUAACAAGAUUAGUGGUGUUAAAUCACGGAUCUUUCUGUCGGAAAAAAAAUAAGACAGUGUAUGAUAGAUAUAUACACAAAUAGUGAAAAAUAAUUGUUCUAUCACAAAGCUUUUUUUAACCCAAAUAUUCUUCAUUUGUCAUAUUUUACAGGCUAAUGUUCCUUAUUUCAUCAUGUUUAUAGGGCAGUAUUUUGUCUGUACACAUAGAAAUGUACACAAAAUUUCUUAUUACCUCUAUUUUCAUCCGGUUAAGUAUGUCAAAGGGAAAGGAAACCUGGUUAUUAGAAAUUUAUGAUUCGGUAGGUAGGUUUUAGAGAAUUAUAAAGGACCUUUUUUAUUUUUAUAAUUUUACCAUGUUUUUCCACCGACUACUUAUUAAGGAUUGUAAUCCGGGUAAUCCAGAGUGAAAAUUUAUCCUUUUGUGGCGGGAAAUUUGAAAAUUCCAACCAAAAAAAAAAUUAUAUAUUUGUGUGGAAUAGCAUAGUUGUUUGGGUGUAAAAUUUAAACACGUUUAGAAAAGGAUUAUGCUUGUCUGCACAAAAAAUAUAUCAAAGGUUUCUUUUUCCUUUAAAUCUUUAGAAAUAUCUGUGGUUUAAAAAUCUACAUGAAGAUAUACCUACAGGUCCGGAAGCGAAUGCAAUAUUAUGACACAGUGUAUGUAUAUUAUUCCGACAUUUUAUAAGCUUUGAUUAUGGUUUGAAUGUUUUGUAGCAAGCCUCUAUUGACGUAACGGGGGUUAAACAUGUAUGUUUAAGGCAAUCGCAACUUUUCGGGUCUUUCCGGCAAGCGCGGGAAAGAUUACGUUCACCGGAAGUACGGAAUUUGUACAAAAUCACGUUCCCAACCACUGUGUCAUUGUCUACCCAGAGUUCCAUACGCCACUCGCACUUUACUGUAAGUGAAGCUUACGCAACGCGACCUCUGGUGAGAGAAUGCCAUUGUGGUAGCUCACUAAUAAUAAUAAGUGACUUACUCUGGUGAGAGAAUGCCAUUGUGGUAGCUCACUAAUAAUAAUAAGUGACUUGCAUUGUGGUAGCUCACUAAUAAUGAUAAGUGACUUACUUUGGGGAGAUCUCUUAAUUUGUGGCAAAUAUUUAGUUUUUAAAAAAAAGACAAUAAGUAAUUUUUCAUGGCGGUCACCAAAGUUGUUUUUCCGGUUGCUGGAAAGACCUUAGAAUGUGCGAUUAAUGUAUAAGGUUGUAUAAUCAGAUAUAUGGACCUCUUCAUAUAUAUAUAUAUAUAUAUAUAGCUUUUGUAAACUGUGACGUGUUCUGCAUGGCAACGAAAAUAUUAUUUCUUAUUUUUAGUGGUUCAGUGUGUUACUAAACGUGCAUAGACCGCUGCAUUAAUCAGUUUAGGAAAGCCUAUGUAACAUGCACUUGUUAAGAUAUAGUGAAAUCGUGUUCAUUCGAACAAUUUCGUCCGAGUUAUUCAUACAGUCAAUUAAGUGAAUCCCAUAACUCGCAUUUAUUUGUAUUCUAUAAACAAAAGCUUUAUAUUAAUUGGAGUAAUUUUUGUGAUAUUGAGUUUGUGAUAUUGGGUAUGAGUAAUAUCACUAAUCAAGAUUUCCGCGCACAUCAUUGUUAAUGAUUAAUAUUAAUAGAUGACUACCCUUGAUAACAUUUAUUUUUAUUUUCUUUGCACGUGUGUACUUAUUUUGUUGCCGUUUUUAUUAUUUUUUAAAAAUCUGCUUUGAUGUGAAGUGUGUAAUAAAAUAACGUCAUGAGAAACAAGGGGCCCGUUUGAUUUUCUUUGUAAUUGCAGAGCCGCACUUGUUUCUGACACUCGUUCUAUUAUGUUACGCAAUCUGCAAAUUAUUUAUCUCCCAUGCGCGACAGUCAACGCGUGGUAUGAUACCUGGCGAUCGAUGUCAAUUAAAAAUAGCAGGACUAUCUCCAGUGGAAAGAGAGAGAGAGAGAGAGAGAGAGAGAGAGAGAGAGAGAGAGAAGGAUAGGAAGAGUUAUUUACCACGAACCUUAACACUACAAUCAUUCAUUUCAAAGUUCAAACCUUACACUAUCAAGAAAUUUUUUGCUCUAAACGAAAUAGUAUCGGAAGCUCUAUUGAUCAUUAGAGAUUAAAAAUAUUCCUCUUGGGGGGUAUACACUGUAAUUUGAACAAAAAAAGAGGACCCCCUCUUUUUUUUUAAAUAGACCCUGUUUCGCAUCUUUCGUGUUUUCAAUUGACAGUGUUGGUUAUUGGGGUCAAGCCUCGUGUUAAAUAAUCUGGGGUGUUUUUCUGUUUGGUGAAAUACCAACAUAUAAUGUAUGAUAAAACGAAUAUUCAACGGUUAUAUUCCAUUCAUAAACUGGAAGGAAAAUAAAUAUCCAGAUCCUCAUGAAAAUGUGGGUGUUUUCAUCUUGAAAAUAAAGAAGUUUCCGAUAGUAUUUCCUGUUGCCGUCUUCCCAUGCUAGCAAAAUACUGUACACUUAAAACAUCUCCGUAGUGCAGACAUUACUCUGGCGAGAAAAUUUAUCUGCAGAGGUGACAGAGUGAAAAUGCCUAUCUGUAAAUACCACAGUGCUUGCUUUCAAAUCUUCUAUUUAAAUAUGUUUAAGGAGAAUAUCAUAGAGUUAGGCCACACUUUUUAUUAUUACAGGUGAAUAGAGAAUCACUUUGUAUAUUAUUAUCUUUUAUCAGCAUGAAUGACUCUUUUUUUAUUCUUUAUUGGAGUUAUGAGAUUGAUGACUGUGUGUUAUCUUCACCUUUUUAUGGUCCUGUUAUUGCUGCAUUGAUAUCUGCAUUAAAUGUGUAUGCUGUCUCGGUGGAGACCUCAUUAUAUCUAUGAAUAUGUAUCUCAAAUUCCUCAUUAUGAAGACUUUAUAAUGAAUAUUAUGUUAAAUUCCUCAUUAUGAAGACUUUAUUAUGAAUAUGUAUGUGAAAUUCCUCAUGAAGACUUUAUAAUGAAUAUGUAUGUCAAAUUCUUCAUUACGGAGACUUUGUAUAUAAAUAUGUAUGUGAACUUCCUCAUUACGGAGACCUUAUGAUAUAUAUAGAUAUGUAUGUCUAAUUCCUCAUUCCAGCAUUUUGUUUCUAUCUUUUCAGAAGAAUGUUUUUUUUUAUCUUUGCUUUAUGUGAUAGUAUAAUUCAUGUGUAUGUGUGUAUUGCUCUAAACUGUAAUGGAGAAAAUAUGUAGAAAUAAUGAACAGUUUUAUUAUUAUUAUAUUAUUAUUUUAGUUUAUUUUCUGUGAGAAGUGAAGUUACAAACUUUAGUACUCAAGAAACAGAAUAAAAGAUAUGCUUGUGUAAAGUAUAAUUGAAUGUUGCGUUAAAUGUAAAGUAUAAUUGAAUGUUGCGUUAAGUGUAAACUUUCAUUGAAUGUUGCGUAAAGUGUAAACUUUCAUUGAAUGUUGCGUAAAGUGUAAACUUUCAUUGAAUGCUGGUAUAACUGUAGACCAUGUAUCACUGCCGUUUAUAUAUUCCUUGCUUUUGCCAUUACAUUAAAACGUUAAAAUCAAAGUGGAAGUAAAUUUAGAAGAGAUGUC